AUGGCGGCCGCUAUGGCGGCGCUGUGGGCCGCCUGGGCCUGCUGGGCGGCGGCGGCGGCGGCGGCGGAGGAGGAGGAGGAGUGGGCCGAGCCGUGGGACGGCGCCGUCUUCCAGCCGCCGGCCCCGCUGGGCCGCGUAGGCGUAGCGGGCCCGGCCCCGGCGGAGCCCCGGCCCGACGCCGCCGACCUGCCGGUGCUGCUGUGGUGGAGCCCCGGCCUCUUCCCGCACUUCCCCGACGACACGGAGCGGAUCGAGUGCGGCCGCGGCGCCUGCCUGGCCUCCCGCGACAAGCGGCGGUGGCGGGACGGGCGGACCCGCGCCCUCCUCUUCUACGGCACGGACUUCCGCGCCUCGGAAGCCCCGCUCCCGCGCCUGCCGCACCAGAGCUGGGCGCUGCUGCACGAGGAGUCGCCGCUCAACAACUUCCUCCUCAGCCACGGCCCGGGCAUCCGCCUCUUCAACUUCACCGCCACCUUCAGCCGCCGGUCGGACUACCCGCUGGCGCUGCAGUGGCUGCCGGGGGUGGCUUACCUCCGGCGCGCCGCGCCCGCCCUCCAAGAGCGCCGGGCCUGGCGGCGCCGCGGCUACGCGCCGCUCGUCUACCUGCAGUCCCACUGCGACGUGCCGGCCGACCGCGACCGAUACGUGCGCCAGCUCAUGCGAUACAUCCCGGUAGACUCCUACGGGAGAUGUCUGCAGAACCGCGAGCUGCCCACGGCCCGGCUGCGGGACACGGCCACCGCCACCACGGAGGACGCGGAGCUCAUGGAUUUCCUGUCGCGGUACAAGUUCCACCUGGCCUUGGAGAACGCCAUCUGCGAGGACUACAUGACGGAGAAGCUGUGGCGCCCCAUGCACCUGGGCGCCGUGCCCGUGUACCGGGGCUCCCCCUCGGUGCGGGACUGGAUGCCCGACGGCCGCUCCGUCAUCCUGGUGGACGACUUCGAGACCCCGCGGGAGCUGGCGGAGUUCAUCGACUUCCUGGACAAGAACGACGACGAGUACGUGAAGUACCUGGCGUACAAGCGGCCGGGGGGCAUCACCAACCGGUUCCUCCUCGACAGCUUGGCGCGGCGAGAAUGGGGCGUCAACGACGCGACGCUGCCCAGUUACCUCAACGGCUUCGAGUGCUUCGUCUGCGACCGGGAGAUUGCCCGCCUGGAGGCCGAGAGGGCCCACAGGGCCUCGCCCCGGACCAGCCCCGCCCCGGAGCCGCGCGUCGCCCACCACUCGCACAUGGGCUGCCCCGUGCCGGUGCCCGGGUUUGGGAGCGUGGAGGACAUCCCCGAGAACGACAGCUGGAAGGAGAUGUGGCUUCAGGAUUACUGGCAGGGCCUCGACCAGGGUGAGGCCCUGACUGCUAUGAUUCACAACAACGAAACCCAUCAGGGAAGAUUUUGGGAUUACAUGCAUGAGAUCUUCCUCAAGAGACACCAGCAUCUCCGACCCCCUUCCUGAUUGUGCUUUACUUUGUCCGGGAGACAGUCAGGAUGCUAUUGGCCAACUAAAACCUCACCUGAGAGCCCAGACAUCCCAGUGAACUUUGGACGCUGUUUCUCUUACAGUGAGAGGAGAAUUUGUUCCCUGUUCCUUCUCGUUUUCAAAUCUACCUGCCAAACCCACACACUCGGGUGGCUCUGAAAGUGGCUUUUCAACCAAGGAUAGCAGGGCCAACAUCUCCUCAGUAAGCGAGGAAUUCAGGUCGGUUUAUUCAGUGACAGGAGGCAACCCCUUCUUGGCACCCCCCAGGCCCCAGACUGAAACAACCUAAUUGGUUUGACGGUGCUGAUCACCAGAGUUGGGGAGAAUUACAUAAAAGACCAGUUAUCUCUCCAGUCUCUUCAUCCUCUGAGAUGAGACCAAAAGUUAGCAGUUUAAUAAUAAUAAUAGAAAUUAUUAUUAUUAUGGUA